UAUAGACUUCUGUUGGACUGUUUGUUAUAUGUCAGCAGAUUCUGUUCUAGGAGGUACAGAAUUGGGAUAAAAAAGGUUGUUCACAGUCCUAUUGGAGUAGGUUACAGUUGUCCUAUUGGGAGGUAGAUGGUCUCUUCUGUAAUUUAGUCCUGUACACCCAGAGCACCACACUGUUCCCAUUGACUGUUGUAGGUGUAUGAAACUAAAAUAGAGGAGGCAGACUUUCCUGCACUGGAGUUGAGGAGGUUAAGGAUUAAUACUUAACCAUUCAUGGUUGGAUUUACCACACUGACGGUGAAGAUGCCUAGGAGCGUGGCAAGAUCAGAGGGUAGAGAGACUGAAUAGGUAAAUUUUUUUCCCCUCAGUUCCAAACAUUUUACAUUGUAGUCACUGAGUUUUCCAGGGGAAAGAGAUAAGGGACUUACUGUGGGUUCAGGAGAGAAAAGUAAAGGUGAAACUUGAAAAUAGUAGAAUUGAUUAGCUGCAUAUUAGUUUGGGGAAACUCAGCCAAUGAGGUUGGUUUCUGGCAAAGAAAGAUAGAAUGUGUUCCCCUUUUCCUCACCUCACUUUGAUAUAUUUCAGAGGUCACUGGGCAUUGAUUUUUAGCACUUAAUUUGGAGUGAUAAAUGUUUGCCUUCUUCUGCACAUUCCUCACCCUUUGACUGGUGUCAUGCUCCUCAACAGAAGCUAGGGUUUGAGUGAUUUCAACAUAAAAUUCCUUUUUCCUUGUGUCUCCCAAUCCUAGUUCCAACAAGGAAGGCUUCUUUCUUAGGCUUAGAAGAAAUAAGCUAAACAAAUCUGAUCAGUUCAAAUCAAUAUUCAGAAUAAAAAAAAGAUUUACUUGUAGUUAGAUGGGGGAGGAAUGAAGUAGGAUUCCUGGUUUCCUCUCUUCCUUGCAUAAUUCCUGGAAACUCCUUUUUGUGACAUUUAGUAUUAGAUAAGCUCUUUUCUAGGGAGCAUAUGAGUCAUGGGCAGAAGGAGCAGAAGAUGUGGGAGAGCAGCAUUUCCAAAGAAGAAAUAGAAUGACAGGGAGAGAGGAAAGUGGUUAAUGGCUCCUAUUUUUAGAAGAAGGUGUACAUGAACCCACAUAUUAGUGCUUCUGUCACGUGCAAAAUUAUUCAUUAGAGGUCUCUGGUUCUUUUCAAUAUCAAGUGUAUAAAGAAUUGCCCGGCAGGUGUAUAGAUGUAAUGUGACCCACAGGUUUUCAUUUGAAUUCUGUAAAGAACCGAAUAGUAAAUAUUUAUGGACUAUACAGCUUGUGUUGCUGCUGUGCAGAAGCAGUCCCAUAUGCUCUAACUGAAUGAACUGGGGCUGUUUUCUAUUAAAAUUACAUUUGCAGAGCCAGAAUACCAGCCACUGUUGGCCUACAGGCAGCAAGUUUUUGACCCUUGAGCUAUAGAGCAGCAGUAGAGUGAGGUGAGGUGACACAAAUGUCAAAGGAAUAGAGAAUUUUAAAGAUAUGGACUACUUUGGGACUAGAAUUUGAUGCAACAUGUGCAUACGAUUUCUGGAAUUUAAAAGAUGGUGGAAAUGUAUGGGAGAUCCAGGCUUCAGUUUUGGUGGAGAGAAGGAAGUGUUGUUAAUAGGUUGAAAUGAUGAUGGAAAAUUUAUUUACCCUGGGAAGGAGUUUCCAGAGGAAUAGCUGGAAAAUUAUCUUUUUAUAAAAUUGUUCUAAAAUAUUCCCAUGGCAGUGAAUGAGCAGAGUAUAAAGUCAAAUCAUGAUAAUUCUAGGUCAAUAAUGAUUGAAUUAUAGCUGAUAUAGAUAACUCGUUAUUUAGAAAGUGAGAAUCAUGGCUGUAAAUUUUUUUCUUUGUUCUGUCCUCUAAAUUAGCUGGUUAGGCAGUUGGUUUUGUUUUAUUUCUGCUAAAAUUAUCCUGGCUAGUCAUCUGGCUAUGAUAUGAUUAUGGAGACAAAGUAAGAAAAUGAACCAGUCCAGUUAGCUUAAAUCUGUACCUAAAGCUGAAAGAAUCUCAGAUUAUUUGCAUAGACUUAAAACUGUAUGUCCUUGAGUUGGGGUGUUCUCUCAGUUGUAGGGUGCUUGCUUGGUAAGCACUUACCAUUUACCUACAUCCCCAGCCCAGUGUUGUACUUAACUGGAAAUAAAGUUUGUAUUAAAAAUGAAGAUAAUUUUGCCCAUCUUGGUUUUUUGACAGGUACAAUAACUUGCCUGAAAUUCUAUGGCAGCAGGCACUUAAUCAGUGGAGCAGAAGAUGGACUCAUUUGUGUCUGGGAUGCAAAGAAAUGGGAAUGCCUCAAGUCAAUCAGAGCUCACAAAACUUGGAAUCUUGUGGAGGGAAGAUCAGCCUUCAUAAAAAAUAUAAAACAAAAUGCUCACAUAGUAGAAUGGUCCCCAAGGGGAGAGAAAUAUGUAGUUGUUAUACUGAAUAAAAUAGACGUCUAUCAGCUUGACACUGCAUCCAUUAGUGGCACCAUCACAAAUGAAAAAAGGAUUUCUUCUGUUACCUUUCUUUCAGACUCUGUCCUUGCAGUGGCUGGAGAUGAAGAGGUUGUCAGGUUUUUUGACUGUGAUUCAUUAGCGUGCCUCUGUGAAUUUAAAGCACAUGAAAACAGGGUAAAAGACAUUUUCAGUUUUCAAAUUCCAGAGCAUCAUGUUCUUGUUACAGCAUCAAGUGAUGGUUUCAUCAAAAUGUGGAAGCUAAAGCAAGAGAAGAACGAUCCCCCAUCUUUACUCUGUGGAGUGAACACAAAUGCCAGGCUGACGUGUCUUGGAGUAUGGUUAGACAGAGGAACAGACACAAAAGAGAGGCCUCCUCCAGCAGCAGAGCCUUCUUCUGUUAAUACAGAACAGUCCAAGAUCAGCAAGAAGGACUCAGGUGACAUGGUGCAACAAGAAGACACAUUAAAACCUAACUCAAAGAAAUGUGGUUUAAGUGGUGUCAGUAAUAAGCCAGUGAAAGGAAAUAUCCUGUCUGCCAGGAAGAGGAAGAUGGUAGAAAUGCAAGAAAAGAAGAAGAGAAAAAAGAAAAUAUAACUUAUGCACUGAAUCCCAGAUUGAUUGGUUCCAAAAGAACUCCUUUUUUUAAUGGAAUCAUCUUUUAAAUAUAUCUAAAUAUUAUUUUUUUUCUGAGUAAAGGCAAGGAAUUUCUUUUUCUGGAGAAAAUGUACAGCUUGGAAUACCACUUUUAGAUGUUUUUUUUAAUGUGCUAAAAUUAUUUUUGGCACCUUUGGCCUACAUGUUAUUAAUUAUAUAGAGAGGUAUAUAUGUUAAUUAUAAUAUGUAAUUUUUAUUGUGUAUAAAAUAAAGCUCUUUCCCCAAAUAUGGCAAUUUAAAAUAAUGCGAAAUCUUGAACAUAGUGUUGGAGAUCCAAUCCAGGGCCUUAAGCAUGUUAGGCAAGCACUCACUGUACCUCUUAAGCUGCUGCACCCCCAGUCAUCUGAACACAUUCUUUACUAGAGAUAAAUAGAGGUUAUUUUUCAAACUAUUCUUCCAAGCAGUGAAUGGCAAGAAAAUUUAAGGGCAGGAAAAUGACAUUUCCCAUAAUUUUUGCAUCCCUUUCAGGUAUCAAACCUUAACUUGGGUAAUCUAACCAAAGUGGUCUUAGAAAACUAAGUGUGCGGUUGACUUUCAGAUUCUGUUCUAAGGCACUGAUUUAUUUCAGUCCAGCUCCAGUGUCACAUAGUCUUGGUUACUUUAACUUUGUAGUAAACUUUGGAAUCCAGGA